UUAGUCUUUGUAGUCGGGAGGAAUGCGGAAAUGUUCCUGCUCCGUGUCAAAGCUCUCUGAAGGGGGUCAAGGCAGCGGAGGCACAAUUCACCAGCGUGGGAAAGCUGGGAAGAGACUGCGCGCAUAGACAGACGUUGCAUACUCCGGGAUAUGUUGGUAAAGACGGGAGAACGAAGAAGCGCGUGGCUUCGAGAGUAAAUCGCACUUUCUUUUUGUCCGAUGACCUCCGACAAAAUAGUUGCACAGGCAUAGAGUGUUUUUUUUUGUGUGGGAGGAAUACGCCCCCUUCUCUGUUUUAGUCUUAGCUUGAGUUGCAGUUGUGGUACCGCCAAGGGAUGGGGGUUAGUCCAUGCACCAUCCGACUACCUGUGUGGCCCCGCGUGAGGACAGUGAAGGAUAUAUGUGACGUCCUUUGCUAUUUUUUAAGUUGUUUGAACAUCUGAUCUAAACGAGCGAUGUGCUUCCAACUUUUACCGAACAAUGCCGAAGUUGCACAUUUGCCCGUCAGUAUAAAUUAAAGGCAUUGCACGUGCCGUUUCUUUCAUGUGAAGAUGUUGUAAUAACGGCUGGGUCGUCAUUUUCGUCGGGAAUCCCCGCAAAUUUAAAUCAGAAAAAUAAUCUGCAAAAAUGGACAAAGAAAGUAUACCGCAACGCUACGAGCCAGUGGCUGAGAUUGGCGAAGGGGCUUACGGAAAAGUGUACAAGGCGCGAGACUUGAAGAACGGGGGACGGUUCGUAGCCCUGAAAAGAGUUCGGGUGCAGACAGAGGAGGAAGGAAUGCCCUUGUCUACCAUCCGCGAGGUGGCGGUACUGAGGCAGCUCGAGGCGUUUGAGCACCCCAAUGUUGUAAGGCUGUUUGAUGUGUGCACGGUGUCCCGGAGCGACCGCGAGACCAAGCUGACCCUGGUGUUUGAGCAUGUGGACCAGGACCUCACCACCUACCUGGAGAAGGCUCCAGACCCAGGUGUGCCCCCAGAGACCAUCAAGGAUAUGAUGUACCAGCUGCUUCAGGGUUUGGACUUCCUGCACUCUCACCGCGUGGUUCACCGAGACCUGAAGCCCCAGAACAUUCUGGUGACCAGCGGGGGGCAGAUUAAGCUGGCUGACUUCGGCCUCGCCCGCAUCUACAGCUUCCAAAUGGCCCUAACCUCCGUGGUGAGCAUCCCAUAA